GCCAUGGUGACAUGUAAACAAACUCAGAUUGUGACUCGGCACCGUGCCUCCCUGUCUUCCCCUGCCUCCCCUGCCUCAACUAAGCUCCCACUGGCAGAUUUGUUAGGCCUAUUGGAAGCACACAGGCCUAACGCACCUCUGGACACACCGGCGGGACUGUGCGCUUUAUAAUAACGAAGGAAAUCGAAGAAAGGUGACGGGGACUCCAGCUCCACUUUCCCUUCCAGUCACACGUCCGCCCCUUCACAUUAUCGCCAUGGCCAACACCGCCCAGAUGCUGAUAGCCCUGGCGUUCGCAGUGGUGGCGGUGCUGCACCAGAUUGACACAGACCCCUCCGCCUGGGCCGCCACGGAGCAGGGCAGCAUAUACGCCUCCAGGGAGCAACUGCAGCGCUUCAUCACAAACCCAGACUCUGUGGAGAAGUGGUUCAACUUGGUGACGCUGUUCAAGGCAGCGGACAGUCGGCCUCUCGGUGUUGGGAAGAAGUACCAGGCGAUAUAUGAGCUGCCUUUGAUAGGCGAGUACUCCAUGUUCCUGACGGUGGUGGAGUACAAGCCCAACAGUCUGGUGGUGCUGGACUCACAGUCGCUCCUCCGCCCGCACUUCACCAUCAAGUUCGAGGAUAACGGACCCAACACCACCAGGCUCAUCUUCUCGAUGCAGUACAGGCGGUCGUCAGCGCUCUUCCAGUGGACGGUGGGGCCGGUGCUGCGCUUCCUGACGAGCCAGCAGCUGCAGCGCUCCCUCUUCAUGAUACGGAUGAUGUUCCCCUUCUGACGCUUAGAGGACUCCACCUACAGCCCUGUCAUUGCCACCAUCCAGCUCUCCUCGUCUGUGUGAGAGUGAGGCUGCCGAUCACUGCUGUCGCCUGCCGUGCCGAUCCUGGUCCUUGGGGAUGCUUGCCGAUCUCUACGCAUCACCCAAAUAGCACUCAUUUCAGGGAGAGAAAUUACGAAGGGAGAUUAAGCCGUGUAAAAAUCAAAGUGGCCUGCAGCAUUACCAGAAUGGGGCCAUGGAAGGGAGUGUACCAGGAGACGCAUCUUAAAUAGCACUCAUUCCAGGGAGAUAAAUUACGAAGGGAGUUUAAGCAGUGUAAAGAUUAGAGUCACCUUGCAGUAUUACCAGAACGGGGACCAUGGAAGGGAGUGUACCGGGAGACAGGGCCGGCCCUAGCAGGUGCGGGGCCCAGUGCAAAAAUCCACCUUACUGCCAUUUAGUUCAGUCAAACAAAUACAAAACAAUACAAACUGA